AAAACCAGAGCAGAGAGAAAAAAUGGAACCGCAGAAGAAGAAGCAGCACCAAAAACAAGAACCGGCAAUGGUGACCGGUCUGGAGACCUUACCCACCUGCGUGUUGGUUACCGCCAUCCUCCCCAAGCUGGAAAUCGAAACCCUCUGCUCUCUCGCUUGCGUCAGCACAGCAAUGAACUCCUCAGUCUCCCAGGCCCUUCCCUCACUCUCCUCCCUCAAUCUCGCCGCGUUUUCUGGCAAUGCCCAGAUUCUGAGUGGCGUUGUUGGUCGCUGCAGAGGGGUUAGUAGCCUCACGCUCAACUGCCUGCGUCUGAACGACUCGUCGUUGCCGGGUUUUCUGGGCAAGAAUCUCCAAGAACUGAACUUGCUGUGCUGCUCCUUGAUGUCGUAUCGAGUUUUUGCUUCAAUUGGAGAGGCUUGCCCCAAUCUCAGGGCGCUUGUGCUGGAAUUGGUAGACCUGGAAUCACCUGAAGCUUUUAAGACCAACCUGGACAAAAUGCUUGACGGGUGUUUGUGCUUGGAGUCUUUAUCUAUAAAGCUUCGGUGGAGAGGUGCAGGUGCUCAUUUUGAUCAGCCGUUUCUGUUCUUCCUGCCUAAAACUCUCAAAAGCAUCAAGUUGCAGCCUGUGCAUGAGGAAGGCAUAAUCCGUUUCACUAGUUUGAAUGAUGCAUUCAGGAACUAUUUGCCGAGAGCUAUUGACAGCACCCCUGUUGGUAGAUCCGCGUUUGGAUUUGCAUUGCAGCGCUUGUCACUUGUCUUAGAUGUUAUAACAGAUCAGCUAAUUGUUGUCAUUGGCAUUUGUGACAAUUUGGUGGAGAUAGAUCUUGAAGACAGACCAGAUCAUGUACCGUUGCCAAACCAUGACUUAACCAGUGUGGGGCUUAUGAGUCUGGCCUCUAAUUUUCGUUUGAAGACAUUGUCUCUUGUAAGAGGUAGACAGCACUGCCAAGCCUCGUUUAAGGGAGUGGAUGAUAUGGCCAUGUUUGUUUUUUCUAAGUAUUGCACCACUCUAGAAUCAGUAAGACUUUAUGGGUUCUCCAGAGUCAGUGACGCUGGCUAUGCAUCAGUCCUACAAUCCUGUCCGAAACUGAAGAAAUUUGAAGUGCGUAAUGCCGAACUUUUGACAGACUUGACCUUUGUUGACCUUAGUCGGUUCUCAUGUUCUCUUGUUGAGGUGAAAUUGAUAGCAUGCUGUCUUAUAACUAGUGAAACCGUGAAUCAGCUCACCAGUUCUGGGGUGCUGGAGGUGCUUGACCUGUGUGGCUGUCGGAGCAUAGCAGACUCCUGCCUCGUCUCCAUUGCAUCGCUUCAUAGCUUAACCAUGCUGAAUCUUUCAGGAGCUGAUAUAUCUGAUUACGGCUUAUCUGUUCUUGGGAAAGGGACUCCACCCAUCACACAUUUGUGUCUGAGAAACUGCAAGGGUGUGACUGAUGAAGGAGUUAUACUAUUGUUUCUUGGAGGAGGCACAAUAGGCAAAACACUAUCAUCCUUGGAUUUAGGACACAUACCAGGAAUAUCUGAUAAAGCAGUAUACACAAUUGCUGUGGCUGGUACGGAGAUCACAGAGUUGUGUCUUAGGUAUUGCUCCUCUGUGACCGAUUCAUCCCUAGAAGCUUUGGCUACAAGGAAGCAGUGUCAAGAUGAUUGUAAACUAUUUCGGAGGCUUGAUCUUUUCAAUUGCAAGGGUUUGUCUGCUGACUCAUUUAGGUUGCUGAAGAGGCCUUUCUUCCAUGGACUGCACUGGCUUGGUGUCGGGAAUACUCGUCUGAAUAGUAAAGGAUGUCCAGCUCUCAGUGAAAUUGGUGAUGAAAAACCAUGGCUGACAAUAUGUUUAGAUGGCUGUGAAAUGGGUUGUCAUGAUGGAUGGCAAUUCCAUGAUGGUAAGUGCGGUUACUUGAGCAGUUGGUAAGCACAGCUAGAUAUGUAAUCAGUAAUGUGCCAUUGUAUUCCUAUAAAAACAAGAGAAUAGUGAGCAAUAGAACCAUUGAUGAGAUAAAGAUAGCAGCUUAGUCUGCAGUAUCUGUAAUGGUAAGCUUUGGUGUGAACAACCAACCAUUUUAGUAGGAAAGAUGUACAAACCCUUAAGGUGUUGACCAUUUCGCGAUC